AUUGUAACAAUAUACAAAGCUGAAAUUGUACGCAAUAUUUGUUUUGGUUCUUUGUCUUAGAAUGCCAUUAUGAGCACGAAAAGUGCAGUUAAUUUGGCUUAAUGAUAUGUUUCACAUCGUCGUAUAUGAUCGAGAUUACUUGUUUUCUUUAUAUUUCUGUUUAGCACAUUAUUGACAGGUCAGCGGCUUCCUUUCAUUAAAAAAUCAAAAGUACAAUCAAGGCAAAAAUGCUACACAGAAAAUAAUGAUGCAUAUUGUCUUAAGCGACAGGAACUAAUCAAAAUAGUUCGUUUUAGUUUUUAAAACGUUUGUUUUAGAUGUUUAAACGAUACCUUUAUAGAAUUUAAGAUCGAUUAUCCCACUUGUCACAUUUCUUUAAAUAAUGACGGGGACCAUUUAUAACAAAUAUUGAUUUAUUUUUGUUUAAAAAUUACUAACUUUAAGUUGUAACGUAAAUGUAAAAUUUUGUAUCCAAAUCAUCAGGAAAAACUCGAAUUGUCCCUUUGCAGUUCGCCACCAAAGACUAAUAACGAAAGCAAAUAUUUGGUAUUGAAGGGCACUUCUUAGUUUAAAAGUACAUACUCUUGGUGGAACCCACUUUAACCCUUGGUGUUUAAUAGAUUUGAAGGCUGUAAGAGGUCAUUGUAUUUAGACAUUCUCACAUUGGACAACACUCUGUUUUGCCUUGUGGAGGUGGGCGCUUAAAUUAAGUGCUUUCAGUAUAACAGCGCGUGUAGCCCUCGAAUACUGUAUUCGAAACACUACUGAAAUUUAUUUGAGUGCUUCUGUCAUCAAGGUUCUUUCUCUGACGUCUUGUAUAGGGGUAUUGAUUGUGAAUAGAUUUUUUUGUUUGUUUGUUUUAAACCAGUGACGAUAACGUUGCUUCAUUUUGGAAAGAUAAUACUGUCAACAUACAGCACAGUGCAAUAAAUGGGGGAAACGCCAAUAAUGUUACAGUAAAUUCUUGGGUGUAAAGUAUCAAAAAGCAAAAAAACACUGUUAUUUUACUUUAACAUUCAUGAAGUCGACUAAUUGGUGCCAACAAAUGAGUUUGAUACUGGAAAGCGAAGACAUUUAAUUCCGUUUGGAAACGCAUAAGUAAUAACUCUGUAUAGACUUGGCGGCAGUAGACGUGGAGCAGUAGAUAGCGGCCCAAAUCCUAUUCAACCUCAUUCAAAACCAUGACAACAAGGAACAAGCUCGGAUUUAUCCCAGAAAGUUAAAGCACAUUGUGCUAAAGCGUCAAUCACGCUUUAUUUCGGGACUGAACAAAUGCAAAAUCUUGACUGGAACAAAUGCUUCCAACGGGUCCAGGACGUAGGGCUACACUUUCCUCCUUUGUUCUCGGCCACUGGUUGGCAUGUAUUUGUGUUCCUUUUCGUUCGACCACCCAGGAAGCCUAGAAGGGCAGAUCGUUCGCCUUGGAAGGCUGUUUCUGUCACCAAGGCGUUGUAGGGGUGGUUGGUUCGAGUAUUGCAUGGGAACUGUGCCUCGUGCAAGCUGCUCCUGAAGGACCAGUAUCAGAGCCCAUUGAAAUGUACUACUGCAGCAUACAGUAGAAUGUUUGGUUAAAUUAUUUGCAGGAUACCGUUUAUUUACGAUUGGACACGAGAUGGCUGCAAUGUUCACCAAUUAUCUUCAGGGAAUAAUUCGUUUUUCGGGUUACGUCACAACGGCGUAAGAAAUAUUAUUUAGUAUUAAACGUAUACGGAAGAUCGAUUAAAGCUUGGUAUAAAUCAUUUUGAUUGAUCAUUUUGGGGAACCCGAUUUUAUGCGUGCGAAAACUUUCGAUUUUCGAUUUUCAGAUACAUUGGGUACAUCUUAAAUUACACUCUAUUUGGCUGACUAAUGUUUAAAAUAUACAGUAGAAUAUUAUACUUCAUGGAAAUUAUGCAAUUUCUUCGUACGAAUGGAAAAUUUGCUGGUCAAAAUUGCUAUACCUGUUCAUUGAGGCAUAUAAGAGUUUCAGGUAGUAUCCCGCAAACUUUAUGCAACGUACAACAAUACGCCCGAACUUUACGUUUAGUUUUACAGAAUACACACGUUUUUAACUGCCUAGGUAAAAUGUAGAUGCUACUAGCACAGAUGUCAUAUGUUUCGUACCUUUAGUGGUGAGCUAAAAGAGCUAUUAAUAAAUUAGCUAAAUCAACUCUUCGCAUCAGGCUAAUGGGUCACUUUGUAUGUAAAUAUCUAAGUUGUUAGUGGACAACGGAGGGGGUCGUUGGUUGUCACUUGCCACCCAAGACGUCAUUCAGCAACAACAAUUACCAUUAUCUCUUUCCCACUUUUAGCGAAUCAGACAGAAUAUGUAAUGAUGAUGAGUGUUUCCUUUGGCUAUUGUGGAAGUAACGGCGUAUUCUUCUGCGCGUUUACACCUACCCUCACUUGGAUUUCUGCACUUGAGUCUUUCAGGUGCUUAGCAUCCCAGUGAAGGAGAGACGCUGAAAGAAAGCACUGUUUGCAGUGCCCAGAGCUGCAAAUAUAAACAUCCCGCCGCCGGGCUCCACGGGGUAUUUGAGGUCGCGUUUUGACAGCGUGCUGAUCCCCUUAGCUCCUGAAGUGGAUAGACCUCUUUUCGGACUUGACCUGAGAUCGCAUACACCGAAAACCCACAUUUUAAAUGAUGGCUCUCUCCGCUAAAAUAAGUUUCACCGUAAGGAGCAUUUUGGAUUUACCCGAACCUGAAGCCGAUGCUGCUCAUCGACACUCUCCAGAGCGCCCCAACUCUCCUUAUUCUCCAUGGUUGGACAGCGACCGGAGUCACUGCAUAUCUUCGGACGAAAGCAGUGCUGAGAUAUUACCCGACUCGACGAAGAAAACUGAGCCUUUUUCUGAAAGCGCAGAAAAGAGGAAAAAGCGGCGCGUCUUGUUCUCAAAGGCCCAAACCUUCGAGCUGGAGAGGCGUUUUCAGCAGCAGCGGUACCUGUCUGCCCCUGAACGGGAACAGCUGGCGCACCUCCUCAGCCUGACACCAACUCAAGUGAAGAUCUGGUUUCAGAACCAUCGUUACAAGAUGAAGAGAGGACGGGCGGAGGUAUCUCAAGAUCUCGACCAGGCGCCUAUGCUCCGUAGAGUUGUGGUGCCUAUUUUGAUUCGGGAUGGCAAGCCGUUUAACACCUGCAUUGUCGACCCAGACAAGACAUGUAGCGAAGUACCGCCUGCAGUGGCCGCGACGUCCUUCAGCCUCCAUGGGUACCAGUCUUUUCAGCAUCCGUCACCCUUCGCCUUAUUCCCCAGAUAUCAGCACUUACCGAGCUCUGCUGCAUCCAGGCAUAACUGGGCCUGGUGAAAGUGACUUUGUGAACAUUUCAGCGACUAUUGAAGCACAGAAAACUAAGAAUCCACUUUUCAACACGGGGUCACGAGAAAUGUGCCAUCCCAGUGUCAUUUUAAUUAAAUAAUUUCCAUGGUUACUUAAACAAUUUAAGAGUCUAAACUUUGUAAGAUACAGAAUUGAAAAUAUUUUGCACAUUUAAAAGUAUUUUUGCUGAUGAGCUGCCCUUAAUUUUUGUAUAUAGAUUUAAAAUGAAAUGUUACUUUUCCAAUGCACGGCAUUUUAUGUUGUAUUCAAGUUUGCCUAAAUAAAACAUCAUCGUCGAUUUUUAA